AUGCUCGCGUCGUCUCGCCUCUCGCUGUUGGCGCUCGUGGUGGUGGCCUCGUGCCACGGUGCGAUCGCCCGGCCUCCUCGCGUGGCGCUGCUCCGUCUUCGCGGCGGCAUCGAGGCCACCUGGACGCCCAAUGGUGAGGCCCCGGCUCCCUUUUCCACGCGCGCGCGGCAGCAGAUGGGCAUGGACCCGGGCGCCAUGGCCGGUGGCGCACAGCCCGGGCCAGGAGGCGGCGGCUCGAGAUUGGGGCUGAGCAUGGCUGCCGUGAUUUACCUGUGCAACAACUGGACCAUUGCCGUCGCGCUCCGGGCGCUGCUGAUGAAGCUGCUGGCGCCGCUCCUGAAAGCCCUCGGUUCGAGGAGGCAGGCCGCGGCGCAGCAGGCGCAGGCCGCGGCGAAGAAGCAGGCCCUGGCGGCGCGCAAGGCGCGGCUCAAAGCCGCCGCCGCGCGGAAAACCCAGGCUGCCAAGGAUGACGAAGAGGAAUGA